CAAAAGUAUAAAUAAUGAGGUUUGGCAUGGACCUUCAGAGCCACACCUCCUCUCAUCAUGCAGUCCAGCAGCCUCUUCCCUCUUGUGCUGCUUGUCCUGGGAAGUCUGGCACCUUGCAUUGCACAAGGUGUUGGAAAUGCAUUGAAAGCUGGAGCUUGCCCUUCCAUACGAUCUCCUCGGUGCCUUUCUGGCUACGAGCAGCCUGAAUGCCAGAGUGACUGGCAGUGUCCAGAUAGGCAGAUAUGUUGCUCUGACGUUUGUGGAUUCAGAUGCCUGGACCCCGUUAAAAUCUUCAACCCAAAUAGGGUGAAGCCUGGCAGGUGUCCAGUGGUCACUGGCCAGUGUCUGAUGCUCAACCCCCCCAACCACUGUGAGACAGACCGUCAGUGCGUGAGCGACUUCAAGUGCUGUAGGGGCAUGUGUGGGAAAGUCUGCGUGGCCCCUGAAUAAGCCCAACUCCUGCCAUUUGGAAGAGGCCCUGGAUUCCUACUCUGUGGUCUGGGAACUCAGCUGUCUGCUCCCGGGGUUGGAGUGAUGGGGUGGCACUCCACGGUCAAGACUUGGUUCAAACACCAGUAUCUCUAUUGGGGAAAGGCUUGGCACACACUCGUCUUUCAGGAAAUGCCUGUUGAUUGAUGAAUAAAUAAACGAGCAUGUUUCUUUCUAUCCA